CCUCAUGUCAGUCAAACCCAGCUCUGGGUCCAGCCCUUUGGAAGGCCCCACAGCGGUGCCUGAUGAUGACUUUGGGGAGAUCCACAAUUGGACGGAACUGCUCUACUUCUUCAACCACACUUUGUCUGAGUGCCAUGUGGAGCUCAGCGAGGACACCAAGCGAGUGGUUCUCUUUGUUCUCUACCUGGCCAUCUUUGUGGUUGGGCUAGUGGAGAACCUCCUGGUGAUAUGUGUCAACUGGCGCCACCCAAGCCGGGCAGGGCUGCUGAACCUCUACAUCCUCAAUAUGGCCAUAGCAGACCUGGGCAUCGUCUUGUCCCUGCCUGUGUGGAUGCUGGAGGUCACGCUGGACUACACCUGGCUCUGGGGCAGCUUCUUCUGCCGCUUCACUCAUUACUUUUACUUUGCCAACAUGUACAGCAGCAUCUUCUUCUUGACAUGCCUCAGCGUGGACCGCUAUGUCACUUUCACCAAUGCCUCUCCCUUCUGGCAGCGCCACCAGCACCGAGUGCGGCGAGCUAUGUGUGCAGGCGUCUGGCUCCUUUCGGCCAUCAUCCCACUGCCUGAAGUGGUCCACAUCCAGCUGGUAGAGGGUUCUGAGCCCAUGUGCCUGUUCAUGGCACCUUUUGAAACGUACAGCACAUGGUCCCUGGUGGUGGCCCUGUCCACCACUGUCUUGGGCUUCCUGCUGCCUUUCCCUCUCAUUGCCGUCUUCAACGUGCUAAUGGCCUGCCGGCUCCGGAGGCAAGGACAGCCUGAAGGCCGACGCCACUGCCUGCUGGUGUGUGCCUACAUAGCCGUCUUUGUCAUCUGCUGGCUGCCCUACCAUGUGACUCUGCUGCUGCUCACUCUGCAUGGGACCCACGUCUCCCUCCAUUGCUACCUGGCUCAUCUGCUCUACUUCUUCUACGAUGUCAUUGACUGCUUUUCCAUGCUGCACUGUGUCGCCAACCCCAUCCUCUACAACUUUCUCAGCUCAAGCUUCCGAGGCCGGCUGCUAAGCGUUGUGGUCCGUUACCUUCCAAAGGACCAGGCCAGGGUGGGCGCACGGGCUUCCUCUUCUUCUUUUACCCAGCACUCCAUCAUCAUCACCAAGGAGAGCAACCUGCCUACUGCAGCAGAGCCCCACCCCCACCCCAUCCUGAACUUCCAGACCCCCUCUCUGCCUCCAAAUCUGCACUCUACAAUUGCAUAG